GCCAACCACCUCGGUAGCUUGCUAGCCAACAUAGCCGAACGAUUCAAGCUAUUUAUACGCUUUCGGUCUAUAUUAGCUACUCUGUUUGAGACACACUUCUGUCGUAUCUACUUGUUAACCUAUUUAAUUUAAUAUUACGUUAUUUUUAUUAGUCAGCUAUAGUAGCUGGCUGGUUAAGUUAGCACUAGCCUAGUCGCUAAUGAUAGCUAGCUAGCUAACAUCCCCGAACAUGACCUCCCUAAACUACUCCCCUCCUGUUAAAGAAGAGGCGGUCUGCUGGACGGAGAAAGAGGCUCUGGGGCUGAACAUUGUCGUGAAAGAGGAGAAGGAAGAAGAGGAUGUUACAGUAAAACAAGAAGUAGAGAGUGAGGCUGUUACAGUGAAAGAAGAAGAGAAAGACGUUUCAGUGAAAGAAGAGAAAGAGGAGGAUGCAGUUUUUGGAGUGAAGAAGGAAGGGGAGAUUACUGUCACAUUGAAAGAUGAAGAGGAGGAGAUAGGAGAUCUGAUUAACACCAGAGAGAGACGGGACUAUCGUGGAUCCUCUGGGGAGCCUCAACAACCUCAUGAUGCUGAAGAGGCAGAGAAGAGUCUCUCCACAUCAGAACACCUCAAGAAACACCCGCAGAGAUCCACAGGGAAGAGAACUCACUGCUGCUCUGACUGUGGGAUAAGAUUCACCUCAUCAGGCCUUAAAAUUCAUCAGAGAACACACACAGGAGAGAAACCUUAUAGCUGUGAUCAAUGUGGGAAGAGUUUUGGUCAAUCUUGCCAUCUGACUCAACACCAGAGAAUACACACAGGAGAGAAACCUUAUAGCUGUGAUCAAUGUGGGAAGAGUUUUGGUAGAUCUUGCCAUCUGACUCAACACCAGAGAAUACACACAGGAGAGAAAUCUUACAGCUGUGAUCAAUGUGGGAAGAGUUUUACUACAUCUGGCCAUCUGACUCUACACCAGAGAACACACACAGGAGAGAAACCCUAUAGCUGUGUUCAAUGUGGGAAGAGUUUUGGUCAAACUUGCCAGCUGACAUUACACCAGAGAACACACACAGGAGAGAAAUCUUACAGCUGUGAUCAAUGUGGGAAGAGUUUUAUUACAUCUGGCUCUCUGACUCUACACCAGAGAACACACACAGGAGAGAAAUCUUUUAGCUGUGUUCAAUGUGGGAAGAGUUUUGGUCAAUCUUGCCAUCUGACUCAACAUCAGAGAAUUCACUCAGGAGAGAAACCUUAUAGCUGUGAUCAAUGUGGGAAGAGUUUUGGUCAAUCUGGCCAGCUUACUCAACACCAGAGAAUACACACAGGAGAGAAACCUUAUAGCUGUGAUCAAUGUGGGAAGAGUUUUGGUCAAUCUGGAGAUCUGACAGUGCACCAGAGAACACACACAGGAGAGAAACCUUAUAGCUGUGAUCAAUGUGGGAAGAGUUUUGGUCAAUCUGGCCAGCUUACUCAACACCAGAGAAUACACACAGGAGAAAAACCUCAUAGCUGUGAUCAGUGUGACAAGAGAUACUCUGACAAAAGAUCUCUGAUCAAUCAUCAGAAAAUACAUACAUGAAGGAGUUAUUUUGUUAUAUCAAUAAAUUAUGUCACAAUGUAGAAUGUUUAUACAUUGUAGUAGGAGUAUUUUAAUGAUGUCACAAUGUAGAACCCUAAACGUUUGUCCCCUGUCCUAUUGAUUUCAACAUGAUAUGGAUAUUAGCCUCAGGGGGAAAAUCCAGGCCCUGAAUUGGAAGAGUACUAUUAAUGAGUUAACAAAAAAUGACUAACAUCAAAGGAGUUGUGUUACACUUACCAUGUUGGUGACCCACUUGAAUAAAAGUGCAACACUUCAAAAUGUAGCUAGCUGUUUUCUACAAAUUGUCCUCUAACCAGUGAUGUACACAUUACUCCCAGAUUCCGUGUGGUUUUUGAGCUGUUAGUUUUAACAGGACGUGCAACCUCAUCUCCCUCUCGGCACAAUUGAUUUUAGCAGGAUAUCAAUGAGUUAUGACAAAUAAGUGUUGCGUUCCUUUGUUUAGUGACCCCUAAAUUUAAAUGCAUCACUCCAAAAUGUAGCUGACUAUUCUGCAGGUUGUCCUCUAACCAGUGAGGUAAAUGAUAUCUCCCAUUUCCGUGUGUUUUUUUAGUUGUGUUCGUUUCAACAUCAUGUACAACCUGAUUUCCCCCUAAUCGAUAUCAGUGAUUUAUUGCUACUUGUCAAAACAACAGGGUUUUUGCUGCUUGUGCAGUUUAUAAGGUGCUUGUUUUAAAAAAUAGAUAUGAUUAUUGUGGCAGAUGUUUGUGUAUAUAGCACAUUUUACUUUUAGGUUUUGAAUAUAUCACAAACUGUUUCUGCAUAUUGGUUAUUUGGACACGUUAAAACUGUGUUUUGACAUUGGGGCUAUCCCACCUAGCAAAAUGUCAUUGAAAAUAAGACUAUGCCCAAAGUCCAAUAUACUUUAGGUUGUAUUUGAAAGUGAAAGUUGAAAAGAUGUAUUUUGUCAGUGUCUUGAAAUCGACUUAAUUUCAACAUACUUGCAGCCUAUACACAUGGACGCAGUAUGAUAAAUUGGUUUAUAAUCAAUUUUAUUAACAAUACUACAUCACUCCAGCAUUUCUUUACAACAUCCAAAUGCUAAUUGUCUUUAUUCCACUACUGAAGAAGCAUGACUCAUAUCACCUCAUAUUUCAAACAUUCAGCCUGACAAAAGAUACAUGUUUUAUUAUUCCAUGCCUCACCGUUAAGGUAAUUAUUGCCAAUACAUAUUAACAAAGGGGUAUAUAUUUGCUUUUGAUAUUUCAUAUUUACAAUUUAUGUAACAAUUCAUGUAACAUUUAGUCAUAAUUAUUUAUGAAACAAACUGACAAUUUUUGGGUACAAUUAUAUUGAAAUUGUUAUCCUGCUUUUAGAAUAUCAGGGUUCAUUCUCAGAUGUACCAACCCAAAUGCAUGACAUUGGGGACUGGGCCCGAUCCAACAACAUGCCUAUCGAGUGAACCCUGAAAAGAGAGAGAGAAGUAAGGUGGAAAGUUACCACGGAUAUUGGGAUUUCGCAGGAGUUUGCUCUUGAAAUCAGACAUGACUAAUACAAUUAGAUUUUAGUUUCU